UGUCUCCUUUUCCCGCCCAAACUUUUUCUCUCACUGCAUAAAUCCCCAAUUUCUUCUUCUUACUCUUCAUAUUCUCAUUCUGUAACAGAAAAAACCCUAGAAACGAAAGAGCUUCUGAAAGGUUUCAUUAAUGGCGAGUUUCUUCUUAGCAUCACUGGUACUCUUCACGCUGUUUCCACUUUCAGUACCAAUUCUUCCUUCUGAAAUCAUUACCACCGCCAUUGAAACACUCUCUGGUUUUGGUUUCAUUUCCAUGUCAUUAACACUUUCACUCGUUGCUCAAACCCUAAUAUUCCCAUCACCAACAGCGACAAUCUUUGCUCCAACUGAUCUUGCUUUUAUAAAUUCAGGACAACCGGCUCUUAAUCUUCUUCAAUAUCAUUUCUCACCACUCAAAUUCACAAUCAAAUCCUUAAAAUCACUUCCAUAUGGUACCAAGAUUCCUACAUUGAUCCCUAAUAGAACAUUGAUCGUUACCACAUCACCAGGAGAAACUGAUCAAAUCUCUAUUAAUAAUGUUCGAAUCAAUGAUUCUGCUGUUCUUGAUAUUGGAUCUUUAACCAUUUUCGCUAUUGAUCAUUUCUUUGAUCCUUCUUUUGAAGAUUUCUUUACUCUCCAGCUGUCUCCGACUCCAAGCCCUAAGUUCGAUCUUGGAUGCAAGAAUCCAUUACCAGAUGAUGUUUCUUCUUCUUCAAAUUCUUCGAUGGCUAAUGUUACUUCAUCUGUGAUGAGGUUGCUAGGUUAUUCAGUAAUGGCUUCAUUUCUUGAUCUUCAAUUACCAGAUCCAACAAGAAAGUUAACAGUCUUCGCACCUACUGAUGCAGUUUUGGAUCCAUUCUCGAUGAAUUUCAGUUCUUCAUCUGUAUUUCAUCGUCAUUUUCUUCCCUGCAAACUCACAGCGUCAGAUAUGCUUAACCUAGUCUUGUAUGGAGAAAUUACAGUGCCGACGCUUUAUGAGGGUUUUACCGUGACAUUCACUGUUGUUGGCGAUGUAUUGUUAGUUAAUGAUGUUCCAUUACUAUAUCCAGACAUUUAUGUUAGUGAUUCCAUUGCUGUUCAUGGUAUUCAACAGAUUCUUACUCUCCCAAUUGGCUCUCUAUUUGAUGAAUUUCAUGGAAAAGAUACUUCUCCUACCCCUAGCCCGUCGAUUACACAGCAGCCUAUUGUUCUUGCCUUUCCUGCAGGACAAACUGUCAUUACAGAUUCAGUGAGCUCGAAGGAUUUUGACUCUAUAAACGGCGGUUUUCAUAGAAAAGAUACUUCUACUAGUCCUCCUUCGUCGAUUACCAAACAGCCUAUUCCUGCAGGUGAAACAGUCAUUAUAGAUACAGGGAGCUCGACAGAUUCUAACUCUAUGUUCGAUGAUUAUAACGGAAAGAAUGUAAACGACUACGACUGAAUUUCGAGCUUGUAGAUAUAACUUUGGUGAUUUCAGCAAUUAAGAGCUUUCUUGCUCUUUCUCAUGAAGGCUUGUAUUGAUCAGUUCAAGUUGCUUCUUAUUGAACUUCAUCCAGAUUAACAAUGGUAUGUACGUAUCGUUUAGUAUUCUCGGUUUAUUGGUUUCAUUCAAAUCUCCAGAAUGAAAUGAUUAGUGAUAAAUCAGUUUAGUAGCCUGUUUGUCAUUGGGGUAAAUCAGUCUAAUGUUGUAACUCUGCUCUCAUUUCUGAUAAAUGAUUGUAAUUGUUCACAAGUUUUAACUACUAUGAAGAAUUCCCAACUUUAUGAA